AUGUUUAACACCAACGAAAAGGAAAGUUCUGACUGCCUAUCUCGACCGACAGAGCAGCGCAUCCGGAAGCUCCUCACGGUCGAGGAAAUUGGCGACCGUAAGCCGUCCCAGUUCCCGAGAUACCUCAAGAGUCUCCCACCAGACGUGUCUGACAAUGUCAUCCGAAACGCCUGGACCAGCCGGCUACCCCGCAAUGUACAGAGCUUCCUCGCCGGCCAGAACGAGAGCAACUUGGAGGCCGCAGCCCUCUGUGCGGGCCGCGUCUCCGUGGUCAAAAUCCAGCCGGCGCUCACUAGCGUAGGUCAAUCCACGGACAACGCCGCACUUCGAGACGAGAUCGCUGACAUCUUCCGUCAAGUGGCUGCACUCAGCACCGAACAGGACCGCCUCCACGACCGCAUUAAGGAGCUCGACCCCAACCCGAGAGACCGAGGUCCCAGAUCCAAGGAUUCCCGUCCCGCCUUCAACAGCCGCCGACCGGUCAGCAGACCCCCUUCCCGUGGCAACAUCACAUCCACUACCUGCUGGUACCAUCGCCAAUUCGGCGCUCGAGCCCAAAAUUGUACUCCACCUUGCUCCUACCGCCAGCAGGGAAACUGA